CGCACACGCGCCUGGAGUGGGGGAAGGGGAGGAGGAGGAGGCGGCUAAUGCUGCUGCCGCCGCCGCCACAGCUGUAGCUCCGCCAGCCAGCUCGGGCAGACAGGAAAGCAGCCGCCUCAGCAGCAUGGCGGGGCUGCGCUACCCGUCGCAGAGCAGCUACUGCCGCGUUGCCACGGUCAUGAACCUCCUGCUCGGCGUCUUUCAGGUCCUUUUGCCUGGCUUCCGUCUGGGAGGAGCGCAGGGCCAAGCCAUUGAUCCUAUUCCCAAUGUGGUGGAGCUGUGGCAAGCAGAAGAAGGGGAACUCCUGAUGCCUGCUAAGGCUGAAUCAGAGGAGGACCUGGAGGAAGAUCCCCAAGAGCAGAGGUUUUCUGCAAAAAUGCCGGAUGGCAAGAUUCUUCAUUUUCAUCCUUCUAUUCUCCAUUUUGGAAUGCAGCUACUGGGGCUGCCCAAAGCUAAAAUGCUCUAUGCUUACAACCCUAAUAAGGAUAGAGACAUUCUAGUGAAUUCAGUGUUUACAACAACUAGACAUUUUCAUGUGUCCCCUGCUCAUAGCAGAGUGAUUCCAGCAAUGGGAAAAAUUUAUUUCAGAGUACUUUUUCUUCCAAUAGAAGAAGGCAGUUUUGAAAGUUCAUUAUUUAUAAAUACCUCAUCUCAUGGAAUAUUUUCAUAUCAGGUAUUUGGAACCGGAACUUCAGAGGCCAUUUCAGAAGAUUCUAGAGAGGAGUUAGCAAACACUUAUUUGCUGCUUCCACAUAUCAAUAGUAUUCAGAUCUCACAAACACUGGCAGAAACUAGGAAUGUCAGUCAUGUAAAAGUUCGCCUUGAAUGCAGUUUACAUAACAAAUUGUAUCAUUAUUUUAAGAAUUGUUGCUUUGCAUCCAAUGACCUACUGCUAGAAAUAAGUUUAAUGGUCCGAAUGAAAAAUGUGCAGCAUGAAUUUGUGGAUCUUAGACAAUAUUUACUGGAGAACCUUUUUGUAGUUUAUGUAGCAAUGGAUAAAACACAGACCUCAGAUGGUUCUUCAGUAAUCUUGUAUGUAUUACAUUCGGGGAACAACCUUUUAUAUGUGCAGGAUAUAAAACAUUUGACCCAGGAAAAAAUAUUUUCUUUGCUUUUUGAACCAAUAUUGCUACCAUCGUUGACUAUGAAUUUCACAAAAGUAGCUUCUAUUAUUUGUAAAGGUACACUAUGUGGUCAUGAAAGCAACCAGGAAAGAGUUAAUCUACUGGAUAGAACAACUUUACUUAAGCCGUGUCUUUUGCAUCCAGUGAUAGAAGGGUAUUUUGGCAUUAAUCCAUUUGCAGUGGUAUUUCACAUAGAACCACAUCACAAUAUUUCAGCAUUUUGGUCUGUGUGGUUUACAAAUAAUUUCGAUUUUAGCAUUAUGCUAAAUGAUGUGUAUGUAUCAAGGCAAACUAAGGAUAUUCUAAAGGUUCUGAACUUCACAGGAGCCCUGAUUCUACCUCCUGGCUGUUGGAAUGUGUUUUCCUUGAAGUAUCACAUACAGGAAUCUGUAACAAGUUUAUUUUCCAGUAUUUUUGUGACUACAAAUGUUGGAGUGAUAUUUGAGAUUCCACUACAGAUUUAUUCUGCUUUGUCUCAGCAAGGAGAGACUCAUUUUGAAGCCAUAGCACAUCAUGAUAUGUACUGUUCCUUAAGAAUGUCAGACAAAGCAAACCUCCUUUGGGAAAGAAGUCUUUCUCUCGACAGCUCAACGUGGAAUGUGGAUUCUGAUCUUGCAUAUGAACUCCAUGAAAAAUGGCAAAAAAUUAAGCAGAGUGAAAUUUGCAGAAGAAAUCUUAGGGAAAUUAUUCAAGCUGCUUAUCAAAAAAACCCUGAAGAAGAAUCAUCUGCAUUAUCUUUUCCCCAUUUGGUGUCAGAGGCUGGUCUUACUCUGAACUUCAGUGCAGCCGCACCAAUGAAUAGCAUGGUAAAAUAUUUUACGCUAAGAAACCCUUCAUAUUUCCCAGUUACAUUGCAACUCCUGCCUUUAUCUUUCUAUCCUGAUCCUCAAGCUCCACUGAUUCUACUCAGGAAAUGGUUUGGUGCAAAUAUACAAUCUAUUAAUUAUACAACCACUGAAUUCAGAUUGACAGAAGAGUAUACUUACCGGGGGGGGGAUGAACCACAGGAAGGCCAUGAUUAUCGCAGGUCUACUUCUGAGAUGCUUCAUUUGAAAUUGCAGCCUCUAGAAAUGAAGAGAGUUGGUGUUGUCUUUACACCUCUUGACUACAGGAGAGUAACUUCCCUUAUAUUAGUCAGGAAUAAUUUGACAGUUCUGGAUAUGGUUCAUGUUGAAGGCAUUGGAGCGAGAGAAUUACUGAAAGUAGGGGGAAGGUUACCUGGGGCUGGCGGAUCUCUUCGAUUUAAGGUGCCAGAGUCAACCCUUAUGGACUGCAGAAGACAACUGAAAGAUGGCAAGCAUAUUCUGUCUAUCACAAAGAACUUUAAAGUCGAGAACAUUGGUCAUCUUCCUAUUACUAUAACGUCUAUGAAAAUUAAUGGGUACAACUGUCAAGGAUUUGGGUUUGAAGUACUUGACUGCAGGGAGUUCUUUUUGGCACCAAAUUCUUCACGUGACAUUAGCAUUGUUUUUACUCCAGAUUUUACAUCCUCUUGGGUUAUUCGUGAGCUGACUCUGGUUACUGCUGCUGGCAUCGAGUUUCACUUUACACUCAACGUGACCCUUCCUCACCAUCUGUUACCCUUAUGUGCAGAUGUGGUACCAGGACCCAGUUGGGAAGAAUCAUUCUGGAGGCUCACAGUACUCUUUGUAAGUUUGUCCUUAUUUGGUGUGAUCUUAAUAGCUUUCCAGCAAGCACAGUAUAUUUUAACAGAAUUCAUGAAGUCAAGACAGCGGUCAAAUCAUAAUUCUACACUGCAAAACAACAAUUCUGUGGAUAUCAUCAGUUCUGAAACUUACAAGAGUAGCUGCAGAGCGUUCACUGAGACUUACAGUUCUUCUGACAAAGGAAAAGGAAAAGGAUCCCUUUUGGUGGGCUCUGCCACCAGUCGGAGCCAAAAUGCUGCCAAGAGGAGUCCGGCAACAUACAGCCAUUCUCAGAAGAAACAUAAAUGUUCUGUAUACUACGGUAAACAAAAAUCAAGCACAACAACUAGCAGCAACAUUCUGACAACAGAUGAUAAGCCGAACCAGUCAAUUGAAGAUCCUAUUUCAUCACCAAAGGAAGACAUUUGUACUGUUAAUGAAAACUGGCUGAGCUUGAAAUAUGCAAAUAGCGUAAACAUGAACAUGCAAAAGAACUUAACACAUCCAGGGAACUUUGUUGAUAAAGACGAAAGUGCAUUGAAAAGUGCAACACUUAUGAAAAACAUUUCUUCAGAUUGCAAUUUGAAGGAGGGUCUUCAAACAAAUAUGUUUCCUAAGGAAACGAAUCUUAAGACUUCAGAAAAUUUAGCUGAUCUCAAAGAACCUGAGUUAUGUCCUUCAAAGUCAUCAAAGAAAUUGUCUGAGAGUCACUUUCCAAGAUCUUCACCUCAACAACAAGCAGAAUUUCAAGAGAGUUCCCGGAAAAAUGGAGGAAAUAGUCAGCAAGUGCCUCUCGGGAAUGAAACAGGAAACUCUGAGACGUUGCAAAAACAGGCAAGCGAUCAGCUUUCCACAGAGAAGUUAGAGAAUAAAGGACUUAAAGAUGAAUUACUGUAUUCUGGAAAACGGGAAUUGAUUUCUGCUGAGCAGGAAGAAGUUCACCGAAAAAAUGGGUCUCAAGAGAAAAAAGAUGGACACACGCCCAAUACGAGCUGGAAUAGACAUAGGACAAACAGAAAAAAUAAGAAGAAGCAUAUAAACAUCUCUUCACGGGUUCCUGAACAGGCUGAACUGAAGCAUGUGUGCAGUGAAAGACAUGAACUUAGAACUACUAUUAACAUAAGAAAUUGGUGUGCUCAAAGCAACGGGGAAACUUGCAAAGGAGAUGAUAAAUCUGCGCACAGGGAAGCAGAAGGUUUCUACCAGUGGCCUAAGAAGAAGUGCUUGGAGAGGUUUUGUUCAGACUCAAGUUCAGAUUGUGGAAGUUCUUCUGGAAGCGUCCGGGCCAGUCGGGGCAGCUGGGGCAGUUGGAGCAGCACUAGCAGUUCAGAUGGAGAUAAGAAGAUUCCUAGCAGACAUUUAUUUCCUUCAAGGGAAAGUAUUUCAUGUAAUGAUUUUUCACCUGAUACGGCCAUCACUUUAAAUCUUUCCCACAAUAUCUGCAACACCAGUAGAGAAGUGAACAGUAUCACACAGUAUCCAGAGAAUUUGUGUCCCAGCUUCACUGAUAUAACCACAGAUCAAGACAAAAAUGAAGGUCUCUAUCCAGCAGAUCUGUGGUCACCCCAGCCUAUCUGUCUGACAAAUAGCAUGAAUUACAGUCUUGAGAACAAUGUAUCGUGCCUGAUCCAGGAAAACCCUUCAUUACAUAAUGGCUUUGUUGAUUGGAAUUCACCCUGUGAUGGCCAGCUUAACAUGUACUGUCCAGUAGAAGUGAAUGAGUAUGAAAAUAUGAAUUACCAUAAUGGAUUUCCGUGCACAGAAGAAAUUCAAAAUUCAGGCUUCAUUGAUCACAGCUGUCAGUCUUCAUGGAACACCCCACCUAACCUUCCUCCAACAUGGGAACCCACCAGUUAUGUCAACCCAACAUCCUACCUCUCGAGCACCAGGAGUUUGUCACCCAUGUCUGGCCUCUUCGGUUCCAUCUGGGCCCCUCAGAAUGAUGUCUAUGACAACUGCUGCCCCAUCAGCGCUGCCACUCAGCAUUCAGCCCAGGUGGAGAGCCAGGCGGUCCUAUGUAAGCAGGAAUGUUACCCGAGAUUUAACCCAUUCCGUGCCUACAUGAACUUAGAUAUAUGGACUUCAGCAGCUAAUCGGAAUGCAAACUUCUCUCUUCCUAGGGACUCGGGUUAUUGUGGAAACGUGUGAAAAAAAGAAUGUCAUUUUUAAAAUGUGAACUUAAAAAAAUGCUUUUUCUUUUGAUUACUAGAACGAGCUGUUGGUUGAACUAGAAUUCAAUGUUGGUCAUUAUUUUGGCACUUUUGUAUGGAAAAUAAACUUUUUUUUUUUUACCAAG